CUGAUUCGUCACAUACCAGAGUGACUCAACAACACGGUGAUGUAAGUUCAAUGCAAACAGCACACCCGCAUGAAUUCUCUCCAGAAUAUCAGCAACCGAUACAGACAAGUUCCAAUGUAAGUGAUAGCGUAAGUCUUGCGAGAAAUAGUGACAAUAAUCGUGCCAAGGAGAGUUUGUAUCCAGCUGUCAACCCUGGUAUUAAAAAGCACGUGCAAAAGAAGCAGAAUCCGUUUUCACAAAGAGCCAUAAAACACGCACAGAAAUUGCCACAGAUGGUUCGCCGCGCAGCGCGGAAAGGAGACUACAGUGAUGUCGUACAUCGAAUAGAUAUGCUUCUCAGCAGCAGUGAAUUGACCUCAAAGGAGGCAUCGUACGCUAUCAACACAUUCAAAACUAUACAUCAGCCGGAUAAGUGCAUUGAGGUAUUGGAGUAUCUGAAGCGGUCGCAGCUGGUCACCACCGCUGUGCACUACAAUCCAGCUAUCGUAUGUUUGGAGAAAACCGGAGAUUUCGAAGGCGCGUAUAAGUUGUACAAGGAGAUGGCCGAUGUCGGUGUUAGCAGGAAUCUGAUUACAUACAAUACCAUGAUGGCUGCGUUUGCGCAACAACGACGAUGGGACGAUGUUAGGGCCGUACAAGCAAGCAUGGAACUAGACAGAAUACCCGGGGAUCAUUUUACGCUGAAUAUCCUAGCGGGCACAGCUGCUGAGAUAGUACGAGAGGUGUCGGCAAGCAGAUCUCAGCAUGCCACGUCUACGCAAACCAAUGAUCACAAACUUGUAUCACGAGCUGAGAAACUUGCAGUGCAAUCUCAGGAUGAGAACGUUACAUCACACAUGGAAAUACCCCUACCUGAGCUGGUGAGUGGCAAAAUUGCCACAUCUUCACACGUGUACGGCACCAUGCUGGCUGAGUAUGACAGGGCGGGAGAGUGGGCCAAGGUGAUCGAAGUAGUCACAGAGAUGCGAAGUAAAAGCAUACGGUUCAACGGGAUUGCGUGCCAAAGCGCCAUCUCCGCGUACGCUCAGUCGGGCAUGCGAAAAGAUGCGCUGUCUAUGGUGAAGAAGAUGCACAUCUACGGCUACAGCUGUAGUGCUGCUGUGUACAAUAGAGUCCUGCAGACGUGCGAUACGGACGGUGCAUGGCGUCAAGGGUUGACUGUGCUACAAGAGAUGCACAAACGGGGUGUCUCUCCUGAUCUGCUCUCAUACACGCAUGCUAUUAAUGCUUGUGAUAAGAAGGGAAUGGGAGAGCCAGCGAUCGCACUACUUCAAGAGAUGUCAGCGCGGGGUGUUCGGCCCGAUCAAAGUAUCUACUAUAGUGUCAUCUCUGCUUGUAGUAAAGGUGAAGACUGGAUGACCAUCGCAAAUCUGAUGCAGCAAAUGUCUGAGCUUGGCUUUAUAUAUAACGCAGCCACCUAUGCCAAUGCGAUACGAGUGUUCUCGACAGCUGGGCGGUCGGUGGAAGCCUAUGACAUGCUGCUACAAGCAGUGGCCCAGGGGGUGAAAGGGAAGCAAAGUAUGUACAUAGAUGUGCUCAGUGUAUGUGAUAGAGAUGGGAAAUGGAAAGAAUCAUUGGAUGUACUACGGAAGAUGCAGUCCAAGAGUGUACCGUGCGAUGAUGAAGCGUAUGGUAUGACAAUAUCCGCCUGCGCACAGAAUGGCAAGUUAGAGGAAGCGAUGGCACUCCUGCGACAAAUGCAGGAAGCAAUCAGGCCAAUGGAACUUGGGGCUGAGAAGGCAACAUAUGUCUACACCUCGAUUAUACUGGCGUGUAGGAAGAAACGAGAUUAUCAGCAAAUGUUUGAUAUUACAGCAGAGAUGGCGGAUCUGAAGAUUCCGUUCACGGUGCUUACAUACGACCAUUUGAUUUCCGCGUAUGCCGAGGGUGGCUACUGGAAGGAAGCGAAGCAGUUGUUGAGUGUGAUGAGCACACUCGGGAAACCCUCAAGCACAACGCUUUACGAGUCCUUGAUCACCGAGUAUGAUGGCGACGACAGCGUAUGCAACGAAAUAGAUGAGCUCUACGACGAUAUGGUAAUGAAUACACCCGGAAUGAACAAUAUCUGGACGCAGCUGAAGGACAAUGGCGCGCUCGACAUGCACGGUCACACAAUCGGUAUGGCCCGACCUGCUGUGCGGCGGCUGUUACGACUGCUACGAGACCAGCGGAGUGGAAUAAGGUAUUCUAUGGGGUUCUUGGACAUUGACUUCAAAUGCAUCGACCUGGGUGAGGACGGGCCAACCAGUCAGGAGCUUAAAACCAGGGUGCAAGAACAACUGGCGCAGCUAGAGCCAGAGGUAAGCACAUCUACAGUGGUGACGGACGAGGGUCAUUUAGAGCUGUAUGUUGAUUCGUUGUCGCACUGGCUGGACGCUAAUCAUAUAUUGGCGGAAGACAGCACCCUGCUGCCAGACGCCCGUGAAAUGUUCGAGGACCUCGAGGCGGAGGGGCUGAAUCGCAGUUUAGAAUGCUACGAGACGCUUUUCAUCAGUCGGAAGAAUACUCGCGAGUAUGCCGAUAAGCUGUACGAUAAUAUGGUGGCGAACCUGCCAGAGAUGGCCGGUCGGUGGCGGUCACUGUUGCAGACAGGCAGGAUUGACUUGCGCGAUCAUUCACGGGCCCUCGCCCAGCCGGCUGUGAGGAGGCUUCUACGAGUGUUCCAGGAAGUGCGGAAGGGAGUCAGGGACACGGACGAGAUCAAGGAUAGCGGGUUCAGGCAUAUAGCGUUGGGUAGGCACGAUUUGAAAAGUCAACGCAUUGUGGAGAGGUUACAAAAGGAUCUGGCCGGUCUCACGCCGUCUAUUGAGACCCAUUCGACGACGACGGACGAUGGUGUCUUAUUGAUGCACUUCGACAAUUUACUACAGUGGCUAGAAGCCAAUGAAAUCACUGAACCGAUAAUAUAGGGGUGGCACGGCGUCGUAAUAUACAUAUAAGUGAUACGCAGAUAUGGGUCUUCUUUUGAGAGUUGCUCGGUUGGAAAUAGAUUGGCGCAGGCCAGAAUCCAAAGUUUCAUUUAUAGUAUAGUCUUCGGUAUGGCACACGCAUUCGUACAUAACAUAUAAGGAGUGGUCAAAUAUCUCGCACGAUAAUCCACGUUGUACCUGCACUUAAUGCCGCACUUAUAUCUUUUUUUGUUGUCAUAUAUGUAGCUACACUUAUGAGCCCAGCUGUCUUGAACUCUUAGUGAGGCUGUACACUCAUAACAAACCC